ACGCUCCGAGAGGUAAACAACAUGGCGAGCUGUUUAGUGAACCAGAUUUCAAAACUUGCUAUUUCAAGUUUAUCUGUCGUUUCUAGAGAGACGAGUCUUCUUUCAAACACAACAGCCAGCUCCUUAUCAAGUAUUCGUCAUGCAAGUAAGAAGGCGGGAGGAAGCACCAAAAACCCCAAAGGCAGACCAAAAGGCAAACACCGUGGCAUCAAGAAGGUAGAUGGUCACUGGGUGUCAUCAGGAACCAUAAUCGUCAGGCAGUUGGGACUUGAUUACCAUCCAGGCCUUAAUGUGGGCAUCGGCAGGGACCGUACUCUUUUUGCCAAGGAACACGGCCGUGUACUCAUGACCACAGAGAAAGUGAGUCCUAACUGGAACAACAAGUUCAUCAAGCGCUUUUACGCUGAGCUGAAGGACCAGCAGAAAAUUCCCAUUUUCAAGACCUACUUCCAUGUUAUCCCCAAAGAGCAGCAUAGGAAUUUCAAACUUGUUGAUCAGAUAUAAAAGGGUUUGAGCAUAAGAGACCCUAGUUAAUUUUCUCAUGUAAAUAGUGUUCAAAUAAAAUUCUACAAAGAAUGUUUAGAUUA